AUGACUCAAACCAGCGUCGCCUACACCAAGCGGACCUUAUCCACCUCCACCCAGUCAAAGAAAUGCCUGAAUCUUGACAACAUCAACCAGAACGUUCGCGCGGCCAAGUAUGCUGUGCGAGGUGAGCUGGCCGUCAAGGCCGAGACCUACCGUCAGCGCCUGACUGAGGGUGAUAAGUCAUUACCCUUUGAGAGCGUCAUUUUUGCGAACAUUGGUAACCCACAGCAACUCGAUCAGAAGCCAAUUACCUUCUUCCGUCAAGUCCUCAGUCUCGUCGAAAACCCUUUACUAUUGGAGAACUCCGAGGCGCUCAAGUCUUCAUUUGGAUACAAGCAAGAUGUGAUUGACCGGGCCAAGGCGCUGUUAGCCAAUGUGCAGAGUGUUGGUGCAUACAGCCACAGCCAGGGUGCUCUGGGAAUCCGGGAGAGUGUGGCCAAGUUCAUUGAGGAGCGUGAUGGAUUUCCUGCCAACCCGCAGGACUUAUUCUUGACUGGAGGUGCCUCGGCUGGUGUGAGCACCCUGCUGAAUGUUAUUUGCAAUGACUCAAAUGCCGGUGUUUUGGUUCCCAUUCCCCAAUACCCACUUUACACUGCCACAUUGUCACUGUUGAAUGCGCACUGCGUGCCUUACUACUUGGAAGAACAAAAGGCGUGGAGCACCAACGUCAACGCAAUUAAGCAGUCAAUCAAGGACGCCCGGGCUAAGAACAUUAAUGUGCGCUCCGUCGCAGUUAUUAACCCCGGUAACCCUACCGGUGCCUCGCUGAGCGCCGACGAUAUUAAGGCGGUCCUUGAAAUCGCCGCCGAGGAGCAUCUUGUCGUCAUUGCCGAUGAGGUGUAUCAGACUAACGUCUUCACUGGCGAGUUUGUCUCAUUCAAGAAGCGCCUGCGCCAGCUCCAGCAGGAGCACCCCGGCAAGUACGACGACGUGGAGCUGGUUUCUCUGCACAGUACUUCCAAGGGUAUGGUUGGCGAGUGUGGUCACCGAGGUGGUUACUUUGAGCUGGUCGGCUUCGAUCCCUUGGUCCAGGAGCAGAUUUACAAGCUUGUCAGUAUCGCUUUGUGCCCUCCGGUCGUUUCGCAGUGCCUGCUCGAGACCAUGGUCAACCCGCCUCGCGAGGGCGAGCCUAGCUUCGAGCUCUACAAGAAGGAGUUCAACGGCAUCCGGGAUGGCCUGCACAAGCGUGCUCUUGCCUUGUACGAUGCCUUCCAGCGCAUGGAGGGCGUUGAGUGCCAGGAGCCUCAGGGUGCCAUGUACCUCUUCCCCACCAUCAACCUCCCUGCAAAGGCCGUUGAGGCUGCCAAGGCUGAGGGCCGUGCUGCCGACGAGUUCUACUGUCUGGCCAUGCUCGACGCCACGGGUGUGUGCGUCGUCCCUGGCUCUGGCUUCGGUCAGAAGGAAAACACAUUGCACUUCCGCACAACCUUCCUUGCACCAGGCACUGACUGGGUCGAGCGCAUCGUGAAGUUCCACUCUGAGUUCUUGGAGAAGUACCGGUAA